AUGACCGACGAAGAGGAAACGGAAGAGAUUGGCAGAGAGAUCGAGGCUACGGGCACGGAAGAGAAAGAGAAUCUAAGAACCUCGCUUAGCGAGUGCUUUAAGAAGCUCGUUAAAAAGCUCAAAGGGAUUCAAAGCUCUUUACGACCAGGUUUAAAGGAUGAUCGAAGUCUUGCUAAUAAGUUGUAUUCAGCUUGUAAAAACGUGCUAAAGACUACGAUUGCACGAAUAAACCUUACUUUUACUUUUACCGCUGUAAUUGCCGAUAUUCGCAAGGCUAUUGCGUUUGCAACUGAGACCUCUCGACCUUUUGCUAAGGCGAUAUUCGGACGCUCUUCGAAAAGGUUUAGUAUCAGACUUAAAGACGAUACUAACUUUAAUGAUACGGUAUACGUAGACGUAAUACACUUUAACGUGCACGAUCUCGGAACUAACUUUAAUUCGGCAACGUUCCGAAGUUACUUUAAAGGUAUUAGCAGCACUUUAAAGCAGAUGCUUGUAAAAGCUUAUUAUAGCGUCGGGCUAGUAGAACGCUAUUACGUCCUUGUGCGACGCGCUUUUGAGAUCGUCACAAAAGAGCUUUCAAAAGCUUUAAAGGAAGACCGGCUUCAAAUGGCUAUCAAAGCUAUCAACGACAUAGCUAGACUUAAUAGCUUGGUUCUUACACUCUUCGUUUUUAAGACCUUAUCGAGGCUGACGGAGCAAGAUCGACUUGCCGCGUCUACUUAA